AACUUCUGCUAAUCCAUAUUUCUUCAACCAUCUCUAUUUGCCUAGAGCAAUUCCUUUCUUUAAAAUCAAACGCUCUUUCUCAAUCCCAUCAGGGUUCAAAAUCCAGAGAAGAAACUGAUUUUCUCGGGGAAAAAUAUGAAGAACAGUAACAGCAACACAAAAUUGAUUCUCCUCCACCCUUACAUUCAAAAACAAGGGACAAGUAAUCGUCUAUGGCUGCUUGCUUUUGUAUCAUUCUUCACUAUAGCUUUUCUUCUCACUCUUAUUUACACAAGAGAGUCCUUGCCUAAUAAAACAGCUACCACUGCAACCCCCAUGGCCGCCAAAAGUUCUUUAGUUUCUUCUACUUUCGGCAAUUCACCAUUACCAACAACUGUCAUCAACACUCUCAUCCAUUAUGCAUCGAGAUCAAACGAUUCUUUCCCCAUGACACACGCUGAGCUCAAACCAAUCUCUGAUGCCCUCCGCAAGUGCUCAUCUCCUUGUAACUUUCUCGUUUUCGGUCUCACUCAAGAAACCCUUCUGUGGAAAGCGCUAAACCACAACGGCCGCACAGUUUUCAUCGAUGAGAACCGCUACUAUGCCGCAUACUUCGAAGAGCUACAUCCUGAGAUUGAUGUUUUCGAUGUGCAAUACACCACAAAAAUAAGCGAAACAAAAGAACUCAUUGCAUCAGUGAAGGAACAGGUACGAAAUGAAUGCAGGCCAGUGCAAAAUCUGUUGUUCUCAGAGUGCAAGCUGGGUCUAAAUGAUUUGCCUAACCAUGUGUAUGAGGUUGAUUGGGAUGUGAUAUUGAUCGAUGGACCCCGAGGAGACGGACCAGAUGGUCCAGGGAGGAUGUCUCCAAUCUUCACGGCUGGAGUACUUGCUAGGAGCAAGAAGAGUGGGAACCCUAAAACACAUGUUUUUGUUCAUGAUUAUUACAGGAAGGUGGAGAGAAUGUGCGGUGAUGAGUUCUUGUGCAGAGAAAACUUGGUGGAACAUUACGACACACUUGCUCAUUUUGUGGUGGAGAAGAUGGAUGAAAAUAGUUUUGAGUUCUGCCGCAAUAGUAAUGCAGCAUCUUCAAGAGCUUCAUCCUUCUAGUCAUUUGGAAAAUCGUCAAGUCUUUAUCAUAAAAAGGGCAAUGGUAUAAAGAGGUAAAAUCUGGUUAUUUAUCAUUUUAUGUGAAAUUUUUAGACCUUUUCUGCUCUGGUGGGGAUGUAAAAAAUAAUUCUUUUUUGUGGCAAAUCCAACUGGUAAUCAUUGAAUUUCGACAUUUAAAAGUUACAA